ACGUACCUUGAACGUUCCUCAAAACAGCGUUUAAUACAAGAUGACUUCUGAGAGCAGUUUUGAAGAAUUUAUUAACUAUAUUUUUGAUAGCAGAGUGUAUAAUUAUCCGUCGCGAAGGUAUUUGAGAGAUGCAGAUAACCCGUUGGAAGUUUACGAUGACGACGAAUUUCGAAAACAUUACCGGCUUAGCAAAGAUUCGGUUGUGCAUAUUUUGCUGCCUUUGUUGACUAACAACAGUAAUGAAAACGAUCGUGGACUACCUUUAACGCCGAUAUUACAAGUGCUAAUUGCUUUGAGAUUUUACGCAACAGGCAAUUUUCAGAUUGUUUGUGGCGACUU